GAACCGCCUAAUAGAUUGUAGCAGAUAUAGAGUUGAAACCUUGUUGACGUCGUUCUCCUGUAUAGAUACUUCGGCAGAAUGGCUACUAUGAUAAAAAAUGGCAUAAAAAAUAAUUGGGGGAAGAUGAUAGUAGCCAGUAUAGGCGCUUUCGGAGCAAACUACGGGUUUAAUCGAUAUAGAAUGUGGCAACUGAGGGCACGAUUAGGCGAAGAAGCACUUAAGUAUGGAGAUACACCCGUACCUUUCUUCGAGAAACCCGAGAGGGUCGUUGUUUUAGUUGACAUCCGCUCGGGUAACCAAAACGGGCGCGAAAUAUACAAGAAAGAUGUGGAGCCCUUAUUGCUGUUAGCAGGCAAUGAAAUCCUGCUCAUCGAAUCGAAGGAGAGGGGCAUGACAAAAGAUAUCUCGCAAGAUGUCGACUUUUCUAACAGUAAAGCCAUAGUGGUGGUUGGUGAUGAUGGCACACACCAAGAGUUCGUCACAGGAUUUAUGAGACGACAGGACGUCGAUACCUUGCGCACUAGUGUUCCAGUGGCUUUUGUGGCCACAGGGCAACACAAUGCGUUUGUCAGUGCACUACUAUACCCCAACGGAGGGGAGAGGCUUGCUGAAGUGCGUGAACGAUGUGAAGCCACUAUGGCUGUCUUGCGAGGCAAAACAAAGUGGGUGGAUUUGGUCUCGGUGACUUCUGGUACGGGUCGUAGUGUGCACUGUCUAUCGGGAUUGGUGUAUGGGGCGCCCGCUGCUUUGAUAUCUGAUACGUUCAAUCAAGAUUCUGGCUUGUCCAUUCGAAUGGCAAAGUGGCGCCAGCUGAAAGAGGCCAUCCUUGCCGGCAAUCAAAUGCCGAAGUAUUCAGCAGUAGUCAAAUACACCCCCACAGCAGCAACCGCGGAAGUUACAGAAGAAAUCAACUUCGGCCAGUUGUUUGUGUCCUCUACGCCAUCAAUAUACGGUAUGCGGGUGGCCAAAGACUCAGAGCUUUCGGUGACUGACGGACAAUUGAAGGUAUCUUGGACCGCUCCUUCCAGCUUGAGUGCUCUGUACCACUUAUGGAAUGCAAUGGUUGGGGCUAAGAAGGAUGAAGACACGACGAUGGUCGCAUCCUUCAUUGAAAACGGCGGUUUGGCAGAGGAUACGCGUGAGAUCACGGGACUGAGUGAGAUAUAUAUCAAACCGCUUGAUUCCAUGACAGUAACACACGAAGAGCCAAUAGAGGUUGCAGAGGAUAAGGAAGCCACUAAGUCUGAGAGCGGUGACGCGGAGGCGACAGAAACAGAACCCCCAUCUGUAGAAGCCAAGAUCCCAACUACGAGGACGGUGAGCAAAGAGGUACUAACGGUUCCUAUGUUGGUGGAUGGGGAGGUGUUCGAACCAUUUGAUGUCACAGUCAAGGUGCUGCCUAAGCAUUUGCUAAUCUGUGCCGUGUGAUGAACUAUUCGUGACAGAAUCGGCAUAGGAGUUCAUCGAGGUGCUGGCAAUUUAUUGAAAUGAGGCGACUGAAGCAAACAAGCGGCGCUUUUCAAAUUCAUCACAAACAUGAAUUUGCAGGCAGUAAUAUCCGAAAGAUUUUUUUUGCUGUCUUAAUUGACAUUCUUCAUAUAUUAGCUCUCGUCGUGUGUAUGUUGCGACACCUAUGCAGCAUAUCAAAGCCUGUGGGUUUGUAAACGCCCCUUGACCAGUUCCUGCUGUCAUGCUGACUGUACUGUUCGGUGAGUGGAUUUCCACCAGGCGUACAGGUGAUAGAUAUGCGGCUAGGAUCAAUGAUAUCGGGCCUUAAGGGUGCUUGAAAACUCGCGACGUGCCCUGUUUUUGACGUCCAAUUCGUAUCAGACUCGUGUUCUUGCAACUUAGAAUCGAUGAAUGAAGAGUAGCAGUGGCUCAACGCAUAUCUGUCGGACUGAUGCUGAUGUGAGUUCAGAAUUGGCGGAUUAUAUCCUCUGUAGUGACUUGGCUCGCAUAGUCUGUAGACAAUAAAAAGGCGAGAGUAAUU